UGUACUGGUAAACGGUCAACUCAAAUUUUGCACCAUCUCAAUCCAUCGAAGAGGCUAGUAACGUAUUUAGGACCGAAGGAUGGACUCAGCCGGCUUCUUCAAAGGGGAUACAAUGAUGGAAGUCUUCACAGUCCUGGCCAAUUCUGGAACAGACGUCAAGACAGUCCGGGACGCAGUGAUAUUAUACAUUGCGCGGAAAAAGCAAAAGGGUCGGUCUGAACAACAUAUUCAAGAUAAAUUACUGCAACUAGAGGACAAGUUCAAGCACGUCGAGAUGUGGCAUCCAGCAUUCCGAGAUGCGCGAGCAUUAUUCCAGCUCCCCAAGUCCAAACAUAUCCCACUUCCUAAGUCCGUUAUCCGUAAACAACAUGAAUCCAAGCUGCUUCAUCCAAUAGACAUGGGAUCGGUCCCCUCCUCUCUCAAGUCACCUGCGUCACCAUCCCAUGGCUCGCCAACCCCUAGUAGCCGGGAUGAACCGCUGCCGAGAUUACAGGACCUACCAUACGUAUUAUCUGCCUUUUGUUGGGAAGAUGAGAGUCUGGAAUCUCGUGUGCAUAUUCCUCCAUCGUCUUCUGAGAAAAUGAUUUCGUCCGACGUGCUUUCAUUGCUCUUCCAAUAUGGCGACUCCGAAGGAGACGACGAGAUCACAACAUUCCUAUCCAAGGUUGAACAGAGCUAG